AUGUCGUUCGGCAGCAGAGUCAGCCAUCCCAAUCAACAACAGCCAGCAGCGCCAGCUAGUGGCACAGUAUCACUCGCCGUCAAGGGCUGGGCUUCGGGUCCCUCGAAGUUCGCCCACAAUCCAACUGAAGGCCACAGCGCCAUACUCACAUGGCUUAAUAAGCGAUCACAACGCCCUCUUCUUAGCCAUAGGUUCGUGGGAAGAGGGAGCGCAGUCCUCAUUAUCGAAAUAAACGCCAAUGAUCGGCCACGCUUCGAUCAUCUGAAUGGCUUCACUUUCUCCGGCGGCACCAUCAUCGUUGAAGAAGCCAAUGCUCCACGAAACCAGCAGCAGCCACACAAUGGCGCCUUCAACCCGCCUUCUGGCCCUCGCGGCGACCACAGAGCCCCAUCUGGACCCAUUAACGACCAGAGAAUACCGAGCGGGCCUAGAGGUGGUCACCAGAAUAACACUCGAACUUUCGGUGCGAAUAACGGCGGCGACUUGGCCAUGAACGGCAACCCAAACACGCCUGCGGACUCGUCAAAAGCGCAGCUCGAAAGCAUCCUCACCAACGUCAUCCGCAAGCGCUACAAUGCCAACGAGCAAUAUCUCACCCUCGAAGCCCUCUCAGCGGACCCCGACAUUGUCGCGGCAGGCCUACAUACAUCUUCCGCUUCGAAAGUCUUCACCGCAAUCUUCACCAUCGCUGAGAAGUACGUGUUCGAAACCGCGGCCAAGCGUCGCGAUAUGGUGAUAUCGAUCUCGAUAUCCAACAAUGGACUCACCACCGUCGGCGACAUCAUCGCGCUUAAUUCGACGUUCCCCAACAUCAAGAACCUCGAUCUCUCGAAAAACCAGCUCACCGAUGCCGGAAGCUUCAAGUACUGGCGCAAUGGCAUGCGCAACCUCGAGCACCUCAUCAUCACAGACAACCCCAUAGACGCCAACCCAGCCGAAAAGGAAAAACUCGUCCGUUGGUGGCGCCGACUGAAAAUGCUCAACGGCGCACCCGUGACCCGCGGCCAGGGUGGCGCCGCCAACACCAUGGCGCUCGACGCCCCCGCGGGCCCCGGCGCACUCAACGGCAACACGCCCGACCGCACCAACAGCCCCGCGCCACCUUUCGCGUUCGCCAACCAGGCGCGCCCCACGCAGGGCCACCCGGAGUUCCCACCGGACAGCAUGUUCGGCCUGCCGGAGCCGGGCAAAGAUGAGGCCACGCUGCAGAAGGAGCAGAUGGGCCUGCGCUUCAGCUUCGAGACCCGGCUCAACAUGCAGAUGACCGAGCAGUGUCUCGUCGCCAAUGGCUGGGACUAUGAUCGUGCCAGGGAGAAUUUGGGCGAGUUGAUGGGCCAGGGCGCCAUUCCGGCGGAGGCGUUUCUUGGUUGA